AGGCGUGCUGUAGUGCAGAGGUUCCUCCUGUGAAGCUUCAUCACUCCGGUGUUCCUCCUGCUGGAGUGGAUACAUCACAGUGAAUAAAUUACAGGCUUCAUCGCAGUCGAUUAAGUGCAUAUUUUUGUUGCAACCUUGGCUGCUGGGUUUCUCCUCUGGCAACAGCUGGUCGAUCCGUGUGUCGAGAUCGCAGGCUGAGGAAGCUUUUUUUUGUGUGUGGACCAGGAGAUUAACAGUAGGGGAACCAAGUGAAAGUUUUGAUGCUCAUUCUCUUUUUUCCACGUUGAGAACCAGAAAUGUGAUCGCAAGAUUUGAGUCACCCCAGUAGCUGAUCGAAGAGUAGAGGAGUCAAGCCAGAAACAGAAGUGGAAAGAUACAGGAUGAUCCUGGGAAGUGUAAACCGACCCGGGCCGGUCCCUGCCUUCUUCAGGAAUCCACCUGUCAUGUCACCACACCUGGACAUGAAAACCUUCCUCCAGUUCCCACUGAAAUCACAUCACCCAGCCAGCAUGGGUCUCUUCCACAACUUUAAAGCAAAUCAAGCAGAGGCCCACUAUAAAGGGAACCGCCAUGCUCGAAGGGUGAAAGGUAUUGAGACACCCAAGACGUCUCGCCUCCAAGAUGGAGACAAACAGCCCCCUCCUGCUUCGCCCUCUCCACCCGGUCUCCUGCCAUGCAGCCCUGAUCCUAAUUAUACCAAGCAGGAUGACACCGAGUCCCCUCCCAGCUUCAAAGAGUCACCCCUGACCCCCAGCAGCCUCUCAGCGCAGAUCCCAGCAGACCCAGAGUGUCCUCUUUUGUCGUCUGUCAGCACGCCUUUGCCGUCCUCGUCUUCAUCCCCUUUUGCAGCCCUCAGUAACCCCUCGGCGGAUCCAGACACGCCGUCCCCAGCCCCCAGUCCCUCUUCAGGAGAGUCAGAGGAGGAGAAAGCAAAGAAGCUCCUCUACUGCUCUGUCUGCAAAGUAGCUGUUAACUCCGUCUCACAGCUGGAGGCACAUAACAAAGGUACCAAACACAAAACUAUCCUGGAAGCUCAAAGUGGACUUGGCCCCAUUAAAGUGUACCCACGGUUGGGUCCCAAACCCAGCCCUGAGCAGGGCAGGGAGGUUUCCAAUGACCCAAACUCUCAGGAACGCACCUUCCACUGUGAGAUAUGCAACGUCAGAGUCAGCUCUGAGCUGCAGCUGAAACAGCAUAUAUCAAGCAGGAGGCAUCGGGAUGGAGUUGCGGGCAAACCUAAUCCUCUGCUCAGUCGGCACAAGAAGCGCAAAGACUUCAUGGAACUUCCAAAAACCCUGGGGCCUGGACUUUUACCAAAUCCUCUGGUUGUUGUUGCGGCGAUGGCAGCGGCAGCAUCUUCAAAUCAGCUGGCACUCUGUCCUCCUGGGCUGACCUCCCGCCCUCACCACCCCCAUCCCCACCUCCUACAGGGAACGCCCUUGAGCUUGCUGAGGCCGGCCCCGGGCCCCAUCCGCACCGCACACGGGCCAGUUCUCUUCACCCCUUACUGACAAAGGGAAGUAAGGAGGGAUCAGAAAGAAGCACACUGUGAUCUGGAGGCAAACAUGUGCCAUCAAGAGACAAACUUUAAUUUAUAAAAGACAGACACAUUAUUUGUUAUUCUGUAGAGACAUCAUUUUCCAUCCUCUUGUUUCCCUUCAUCUUUUAAGUGAUAGCUCAGAUUUUAUC